CUUCUUCGCUAAAAGAGAGAGAAAAUAAACGAACUUUACAUUGGAGAGAAGGGAGUAGUGAGGGGAAGAGGGAAGGAGAAGGAAGACGAAGAUGGCGGCAUCUCUUCAAGCUGCAGCCACCUUGAUGCAGCCCACCAAGCUGGGCGUCGCUGGCCGGACAGGCAGCAGCCAGCUGCUGCUCAGGCCUUCCUCCUCCCACGUCUCAAGGGCCUUCGGCUUCGAGCCAUCCGCCGCCAGACUCACCUGCUCUCUCCAGGACGACCUCAAGGAGCUCGCUCACAAGUGCGCCGACGCCACCAAGAUCGCCGGCCUCGCCCUCGCCACCUCCGCCUUGGUCGUUUCGGGAGCGACCGCAGAGGGAGUGCCGAAGCGGCUGACGUUCGACGAGAUACAGAGCAAGACGUACAUGGAGGUGAAGGGGACGGGGACGGCGAACCAGUGCCCGACCAUAGUGGGUGGCGUCGAGUCCUUCGCCUUCAAGGCAGGGAAGUACAACCUGAAGAAGCUAUGCCUCGAGCCGACCUCCUUCACGGUCAAGGCCGAGGGCGUCAGCAAGAACGCCCCGCCGGAGUUCCAGAAGACUAAGCUCAUGACGCGCCUCACCUACACGCUGGACGAGAUCGAGGGCCCCUUCGAGGUCGCCUCGGACGGCUCCGUCAAGUUCGAGGAGAAGGACGGCAUCGACUAUGCGGCCGUCACCGUUCAGCUUCCCGGCGGCGAGCGCGUCCCCUUCCUCUUCACCGUGAAGGAGCUCGUGGCCACCGGCAAGCCCGAGAGCUUCAGCGGAGACUUCCUGGUGCCCUCCUACCGUGGCUCGUCCUUCUUGGACCCCAAGGGACGGGGUGGCUCCGCCGGGUACGACAACGCCGUGGCUCUGCCCGCUGGAGGCAGGGGAGACGAGGAGGAGCUGGUGAAGGAAAACAACAAGGACGCGUCGUCUUCGAGGGGGAAGAUCACGCUGAGCGUGACGCAGACCAAACCGGAGACCGGCGAGAUCAUCGGCGUGUUCGAGAGCCUCCAGCCGUCGGACACAGAUCUGGGUGCGAAGGCGGCCAAAGACGUCAAGAUCCAGGGCAUCUGGUACGGCCAGCUGGAGUCGUAGAGUCAUCGCCAUGGCCUCUCUCUCUUUUCUCCACUUCCUCCAUUGUAAUGUUUCUCUCUCCUCUUUGUUUUUCAAAGUAAUGAGACUAUGCUAUUUGCCGUUGCCUUCUUC